GAUUUCCUAGUGCCCUAGUUGCAUUUCUUCUGUGUAUUGAGAGACCACCAGGUCAAGGCGAAGUUUAUCUGAAUGGUUUUUCCUCCUAUUACAAAUAUUUUAUUUGAACCAUCCAUGGUUCAAAUAAAAAAGAGGCUUGGUUCUUCUCAAGCCUCUUUGAGGAAACAGGGAAAAAGGCUUCCCAGUUGUUUAGAAGAUAUAAGAUUGUCAAAACUUCAUUUUAGAGAACUAGGGAUUUGGUUGAACUAACAUGAAUGCCUUUGAAAGAAGAUAUGGGUUGGGUGCCUGUUUUCAGUAUAUGCUGCAGCAGCUCUUUAUUAAAGUAUAAAUCAUUACAAGUCUUCAUUUCCUGUGGGGCGAUAACACCGCUACUUUGUGGAUGACUACCUGUCAUGCCCAAAUCCUGCAAACUUUUCUACAUAGGGAAAUGGAAUUGGGCUUAUGCCCCCUGUAGCUUUUCUCAAGAGACUUCAUGGACUAAUUUCCCAAUAAUCAUAGUUGCUACCACUUAUUGAGGUCUUGCUACUGCCUGUAUCAUGCUGAGUACUUCAAGUGUAUUAACCCUCAAAACAACUUUAGAACAUGUGGAAAUGGAGGCCCAGAAAGAUGAAAUCAUCUGCCCCAGCUGUAAUAGGACUGCCCAUCCACUGAGACAUAUUAAUAAUGACAUGAUGGUCACUGACAACAAUGGUGCAGUCAAGUUUCCACAACUGUGUAAAUUUUGUGAUGUGAGAUUUUCCACCUGUGACAACCAGAAAUCCUGCAUGAGCAACUGCAGCAUCACCUCCAUCUGUGAGAAGCCACAGGAAGUCUGUGUGGCUGUAUGGAGAAAGAAUGACGAGAACAUAACACUAGAGACAGUUUGCCAUGACCCCAAGCUCCCCUACCACGACUUUGUUCUGGAAGAUGCUGCUUCUCCAAAGUGCAUUAUGAAGGAAAAAAAAAAGCCUGGUGAGACUUUCUUCAUGUGUUCCUGUAGCUCUGAUGAGUGCAAUGACAACAUCAUCUUCUCAGAAGAAUAUAACACCAGCAAUCCUGACUUGUUGCUAGUCAUAUUUCAAGUGACAGGCAUCAGCCUCCUGCCACCACUGGGAGUUGCCAUAUCUGUCAUCAUCAUCUUCUACUGCUACCGUGUUAACCGGCAGCAGAAGCUGAGUUCAUCCUGGGAAACCGGCAAGACACGGAAGCUCAUGGAGUUCAGCGAUCACUGUGCCAUCAUCCUGGAAGACGACCGCUCUGACAUCAGCUCCACGUGCGCCAACAACAUCAACCACAACACAGAGCUGCUGCCCAUUGAGCUGGACACCCUGGUAGGGAAAGGUCGCUUUGCUGAGGUCUAUAAGGCCAAGCUGAAGCAGAACACUUCAGAGCAGUUUGAGACAGUGGCAGUCAAAAUCUUUCCUUAUGAGGAGUAUGCAUCUUGGAAGACGGAGAAGGACAUCUUCUCAGACAUCAACCUGAAGCAUGAGAACAUACUCCAGUUCCUGACGGCUGAGGAGCGGAAGACGGAGUUGGGGAAACAGUACUGGCUGAUCACUGCCUUCCACGCCAAGGGCAACCUACAGGAGUACCUGACGCGGCAUGUCAUCAGCUGGGAGGACCUGCGCAAGCUGGGCAGCUCCCUCGCCCGGGGCAUUGCUCACCUCCAUAGUGAUCACACUCCAUGCGGGAGGCCUAAGAUGCCCAUCGUGCAUAGGGACCUCAAGAGCUCCAAUAUCCUCGUGAAGAACGACCUAACCUGCUGUCUUUGUGACUUUGGGCUUUCCCUGCGUCUGGACCCUACUCUGUCUGUGGAUGACCUGGCUAACAGCGGGCAGGUGGGAACUGCAAGAUACAUGGCUCCAGAAGUCCUAGAAUCCAGGAUGAAUUUGGAGAAUGUUGAGUCCUUCAAGCAGACCGAUGUCUACUCCAUGGCUCUAGUGCUCUGGGAAAUGACAUCUCGCUGUAAUGCAGUGGGAGAAGUAAAAGAUUAUGAGCCUCCAUUUGGUUCCAAGGUGCGGGAGCACCCCUGUGUCGAAAGCAUGAAGGACAACGUGUUGAGAGAUCGAGGGCGACCAGAAAUUCCCAGCUUCUGGCUCAACCACCAGGGCAUCCAGAUGGUGUGUGAGACAUUGACUGAGUGCUGGGACCACGACCCAGAGGCCCGUCUCACAGCCCAGUGUGUGGCAGAACGCUUCAGUGAGCUGGAGCACCUGGACAGGCUCUCGGGGAGGAGCUGCUCGGAGGAGAAGAUUCCUGAAGACGGCUCCCUAAACACUACCAAAUAGCUCUUCUGGGGCAGGCUGGGCCAUGUCCAAAGAGGCUGCCCCUCUCACCAAAGAACAGAGGCAGCAGGAAGCUGCCCCUGAACUGAUGCUUCCUGGAAAACCAAGGGGGUCACUCCCCUCCCUGUAAGCUGUGGGGAUAAGCAGAAACAACAGCAGCAGGGAGUGGGUGACAUAGAGCAUUCUAUGCCUUUGACGUUGUCAUAGGAUAAGCUGUGUUAGCACUUCCUCAGGAAAUGAGAUUGAUUUUUACAAUAGCCAAUAACAUUUGCACUUUAUUAAUGCCUGUAUAUAAAUAUGAAUAGCUAUGUUUUAUAUAUAUAUAUCUAUAUAUGUCUAUAUCUCUAUAUAUAUAGCCAUACCUUGAAAAGAGACAAGGAAAAAGAUCAAAUAUUCCCAGAAAAUUGGUUUUAUUGGAGAACUCUAGAACCAAGCAGAGAAGGAAGGGACCCAUGACAGCAUUAGCAUUUGACAAUCACACAUGCAGUGGUUCUCUGACUGUAAAACAGGGAACUUUGCAUGAGGAAAGAGGCUCCAUGUCUCACAGCCAGCUAUGACCACAUUGCACUUGCUUUUGCAAAAUAAUCAUUCCCUGCCUAGCACUUCUCUUCUGGCCAUGGAACUAAGUACAGUGGCACUGUUUGGGGACCAGUGUUCCUGGGGUUCCUGUGUGCCCUUAUUUCUCCUGGACUUUUCAUUUAAGCUCCAAGCCCCACAUCUGGGGGGCUAGUUUAGAAACUCUCCCUCAACCUAGUUUAGAAACUCUACCCUAUCUUUAAUACCUUGACUGUUCUGAACCCCACUUUUUACCUUCAUGGGUUGCAGAAAAAUCAGAAGAGAUGUCCCCAUCUAUGCUAUUGCCCCACCAUCUACUAAUGAAAAAUUGUUCUUUUUUUCAUCUUUCCCCUGCACUUACGUUACUAUUCUCUGCUCCCAGCCUUCAUCUUUUUCUAAAAAGGAGCAAAUUCUCACUCUAGGCUUUAUCGUGUUUACUUUUUCAUUACACUUGACUUGAUUCUCUAGUUUUCUAUACAAACACCUAUGGGUUCCAUCUUUCUGGGCUCCUGAUUGCUCAAGCACAGUUUAGCCUAAUGAAAAGGAUUUCAACUACACAAUACUAUCAUUGUCAGGACUAUGACCUCAGGCACUCUAAACAUAUGUUUUGUUUGGUCAGCACAACGUUUCAAAAAGUGAAGCCACUUUAUAAAUAUUUGGAGAUUUUGCAGGAAAAUCUGGAUCCCCAGGUAAGGAUAGCAGAUGGUUUUCAGUUAUCUCCAGUCCACGUUCACAAAAUGUGAAGGUGUGGAGACACAAAGCUGCCUCACUUCUCACUAUAGACAUUAGCUCUUUCCACUGCCUACCUGGACCCCAGUCUAGGAAUUAAAUCUGCACCUAACCAAGGUCCCUUGUAAGAAAUGUCUAUUCAAGCAGUCAUUCUCUGGGUAUAUAAUAUGAUUUUGACUACCUUAUCUGGUGUUAAGAUUUGAAGUUGGCCUUUUAUUGGACUAAAGGGGAACUCCUUUAAGGGUCUUAGUUAGCCCAAGUUUCUUUUGCUUAUAUGUUAAUAGUUUUACCCUCUGCAUUGGAGAGAGGAGCGCUUUACUCCAAGAAGCUUUCCUCAUGGUUACCGUUCUCUCCAUCAUGCCAGCCUUCCCAACCUUUGCAGAAAUUACUAGAGAGGACUUGAAUGUGGGAGAUAAAAGUCCCAUUUGCAGUUAGGAAAUUUGUGUCCACAAGGACAAGAACAAAGUAUGAGCUUUAAAACUCCAUAGGAAACUUGUUAAUCAACAAAGAAGUGUUAAUGCUGCAAGUAGUCUAUUUUUAAAACUGUUUUUGAAGCUACUUAUUUUCAGCCAAAUAGAAAUAUUAGAAAGGGACUGGCAGUGAGAAUAUCAGCUCUGUUUGGUUGUUGGAAGGUCUCAUUUUAUUGAGAUUUUUAGGAUACAUGCAAAAGUUUGGAAUUAGGCAGAACCUCUGGGCACCCUGCUCAGUGUGAGUGGGCUGAGAGUUAAAGACAGUGUGGCUGCAGUAGAAUAGAGGUGCCUAGAAAUUCCACUUGCACUGUAGGGCAUGCUGAUACCAUCCCAAUAGCUGUUGCUCAUUGACCUCUAGUGGUGAGUUUCUAGAAUACUGGUCCAUUCAUGAGAUAUUCAAGAUUCGAGUAUUCUCACUUCUGGGUUAUCAGCAUAAACUGGAAUGUAGUGUCAGACAAUACUAUGGCUUGUUUUGUUUAUGUUUUCUUUUUCUUAUUCAAGAAAAAAGACCAAGGAAUAACAUUCUGUAGUUCCUAAAAAUACUGACUUUUUUCACUACUAUACAUAAAGGGAAAGUUUUAUUCUUUUAUGGAACACUUCAGCUGUACUCAUGUAUUAAAAUAGGAAUGUGAAUGCUAUAAACUCUUUUUAUAUCAAAAGUCUCAAGCACUUAUUUUAAUUCUAUGCAUUGUCUUUUAUAUAAAUAAAAUGUUUAUUAGAUUGAAUAAAGCAAAAUACUCAGGUGAGCAUCCUGCCUCCUGUUCCCAUUCCUAGUAGCUAAAUCCAUUUGCCUCAUUUGUUUAUUUUGAAAUUUAUGCAG